UCAUUUGAGCCGCAGAGUACCUCUAUGUUCCCUGCUGUAGGACCGGAUCUCCAGCCUAUAGCGCUUUCCCUCGGUUACGGAGAACGAUUGUCGCCCUAUUCAGUCCCGGUCUCUUCGGUGGCUGUGGGGGGUAGUAGCCCUUCCAUCCGGACAAUAAGCCGAUCCUCCUCAUCGCUUUCGAUACCUUUCGAUGAUGAUGAAGUCGACGUCGUGCGCGUAGAAGGUGUGCGACAUGCAGAGGGCAGACUGGAAGCUCGGCGAUACAAGACCUCUGUGUUCGUGGAGCAGCUGCUCACGAUUCUUCUGAAGCUGUGCAUCCCCACGUGGACCCACCGCGGCAUCACGGCGGAGACAGUAAAGAUUCAGAAGGUUUCUGGGUCGCUCACCAAUGCUGUCUUCUUCGUAUCGUGCCCUUCUGUCCCACAUACCUCCAUUCUACUCCUCAGAAUCUACGGUUCUUCAUCUGGCACACUCAUUUCUCGUCCACGAGAACUCCACACUCUUCAUUCACUUUCUUCUCGAUAUCACAUUGGUCCGAGGGUGUACGGUACCUUUGAAAACGGCCGUGUAGAAGAAUACUUCGACUCGAGCGCAUUAGCAGCGGAUGAUCUGCGUAAUGCUCAAAUCAGUACCUGGAUUGGUGCCCGAAUGGCGGAGCUCCACCAGGUAGACGUCAAUGCUGUCGAGCUGCAGGAACCACUCGCAUGCUCGCAUCCCACUGACGCUCCCCACCCGUGGCAGCUUGGGGUCGAGAAGAAUGUGAAGUCGUGGCUGUCAUCCGCCCAAGAAGUACUGUCAUUGCCUGCUGUCUCUGACGAACUUCGCAAAUCGUUUGCACUCGACGAGUUUGAAGUUGAGUGGACGCGGUACGUGACUUGGUUGAAGGAGUGGGAGGGAAAACACGGCGCCAGCCCGGCCGUGUUUGCACACAAUGAUACACAAUACGGCAACCUGCUCAGGCUGAACAGUUGUGCUCCAGGUUCUCUCGAACAUCACCAGAUUAUUGUCGUCGAUUUCGAAUACGCGUCACCCAACCCGGCUGCCUUCGAUAUCGCAAACCACUUCCACGAGUGGACCGCCGAUUACCACGGCGAGACUCCACACAUCCUCGACCCGUCGCGUUACCCUACCCGGGAGCAGCGUUUUAACUUUUACCGAGCGUACCUGACGCACUACAAGCCGUCCAUCGUGAGCCCAGACCCGCUGGAGGUUCAGGAAGAGCGUCUCGAGGCGCAGGUAGGGGCCUGGAGCCCUGCGUCGCACGGUAUGUGGGCGCUGUGGGGUCUUGUGCAGGCUCGCGAGGCGUUGGACGGGACAGACGGCGAGCCCGAGUUCGACUAUGUUAGCUACGCGCUGUGUCGCAUGGAAGGAUUCCGGCGGGAGUUGCGAACCUUGUUUGUCUGACGCGUUCUGUGCAUGCUCACGGCCCAGUUACGGGCCUUUACGUCCUGACGACUAUGUGGCAUACCACCCGUAUUAAUACCCGCAAGUUAUUGUAAUUAGCUAUGCUCCUCGGAUUUAAUGUUCAACACAUUCCG